AUGUCCCCACGGACUAGCAGUGACUCUGACCGAGUCUCCAUCUCUCAGCCUAUGCACAGAAUGGUUUCAGGAAUGUCAAAUCUUGCCUCAAGAGCAAUCCAGGAUGAUGAAAUGUCGAGCCAUGACAGCUCCUCGUUGUGCUCAAGUAUCCGGACAGCCCAUGGAAACCCACAGGACAUGAAGAACUGGACAUUGAACCACCAAGACUCAAUUGACAGAAAGCAAGACCCAUCCGAGGUGCACAUGCUUUCUUUCUCGCUGUCUCAGCAGCUGAUGACCCCCACGGUCGGAUUAAAUGAUGUGAUGUACCCAGGCGUGGACUUCCCAGCAGUCCCUGACAUGAAUGACCAUGAAAUGUCCCGGGAUCUCUAUAACUCUUUCCUGGAUUUCUCUUCUGUUGAAAAUGAUGUCUGUGCCAGGAAUGGCACGCCAGAUGAUGCUCUUUCCAUCGGACACAGCUCUCACACAGAUGACGGCCACUACAUUGCCGAAUCAUGGACCCCUAUGAUGCAUGAAGCCCAUUACCCAGGAACCACCAUGGAACAAUACUCGUCAGGUCUUUUCCAGACCGCCCCGGUCUCUCCACCACUGACGGAAGCUAGUAAUGAUAUGUCUGUUACUUCCUGCUCCCACCCGGGAUUUUCUUCAUUUAUGGCCCCUGAUGACGCACUUCUUGGAGGAGACUUCACCACAUCACCCCUCGGAGUCCAUGGAAUCAACCCAGCAGAGCCCUUGUUCCCUAGCACUUCUAUCAACGACAGAGAUCUCAACAGAACCAUCAGACCCUCCAAGCAAUCCCGUCGCUCAGGAAUAUCAGCUGUGUCUCAGAAGGCCGACCCAGAGUUCUUCCCCGCCCUCCCAGUGAGAGAGCCAGCCCGCCAAAGGUCCAAGGAUAGUGCCGAGUCUCGCAAUCCACGAGAGCACCAAUAUUAUUCUAUGUCCACCCACAGCGACGGAAAAUACUACUGCCCAUUUGCCACUGGAGAGAAGCCCUGCAACCACCCACCCACCACGCAAAAAUGCGCUUACCAGCAAAUCUCCCCUAACAGCAAGUACCUGGAUUCCCACCUGAAGCCCUACCGCUGCAAGGUCCCCGCCUGUAUCGAUGCCCAGCUCCGUUUCUCUUCCAAUGCCUGCCUGUUCCGCCACGAAAGGGAAGCUCACGGAUUACAUGGCCACGGAGAUAAUCCUCACCUUUGCCUGUGGGAGGGUUGUGAGCGCGCAGUCCCAGGAAAUGGAUUCCCAAGGAGAUGGAACCUCUACGACCACAUGCGUCGUGUCCACGACUAUGCCACUUCAGAGCGCCACAGCUCCCCCGAGACCUCACCCGGUGCUGGCCAGAUCAAAAAAAAGGAAUCCACCGGUCGCAAGAGGAGAGUCACCGGUACCACUCCAGCCCCGACCAUGAAGCGCACCCGCUCUGUUCACUCUCAGGCUGGCUCUGUUAAGGCUGCCCAGGCUUCCGUUACCAUUGGACAGCGUCUCCAGAGCGCAGAGAACACCUUCUACAAGUGCCGUGCGAGUCUGCUCGAGGAACUGGGUAACAUCUCGCCUCAAGAUAUUUCCAUGCACGAGAAGGUAAAUGCCGGUCUCCAGGAACUGUUCUCUCUGGGCCUGAACUACCGUCAAAUUGAAGCCAGCCAGGCUGGAUCUCAAGUUUCCAAUGGAAUGCCACCCGCGUGA